UUCAUUUCUCUGCCAAAACCAAAGCUCUAUAUUAUAACCCUUUCCUGCGAACUGAUCACCGAUCGAUUCCACUCUAAAGACAAUUUUCCUCUGUCAUGCCAAUAGAUCUCAUUUUCUUGUUCCAACAUUGAACAUUAUAAAGGAAAUCUAAAGCUAGAAAGAGAAGCGUUCACUUAACUAAAAUCAAAGCACCCUCCAUACUCCUCACUCUUCCUUUUUAUCUUGUUUGAACUUCGAAGGCAUCUCCCCUGCUUUUAGCAUUAGAAGUGAUAUGAGCGACAGCAGGUGUUGAUUACAGCUGGAUUCACGAGCUCUGCCUUCCUUUGUCUAUUCUUUCUAUAUUCUAUAUUUUUUUUUGGGUAGAAUUCUAUAUUCUAUAUUGUAUACCAUCGCCGUUCCUUGACCAAAGUCACACCUCGCGUGGUUAAAAACUCUGCAAUCUCUGCGACUCUCCCCCAAACACUCAGAAGGCUCUGACUCUUUUUUUCGCAGAAGCAGCUAAAGGGAAACUAGAAACGUGUGGGAUGGAAUCAAUCAAAGAAGAGCAAUCACUCGGCUAAAAUCAAAGCAGAAUAUAUCCAAGACCCUUCUCUGCAUUCUGCCUCCUCAACCAUCCAAACUCAUCACUCCAUUUUUUUUUAUCUUGUUCGAACUUGGAAGGCAUCUCCUCAGCUUUUAGCAUUGAAAUUAAGAAUAUUGCUUCUCUCGUUCAAAUCGAACUAUGGAAGUUGCAACCCUUGCUGGAGGUGCUCUUUUGUCAGCAACCUUCGAUUUAUUGCUCUCGAAGUUGAGUUCUUCUGUAAGUGAAUGGCUGAAUUUGCCAGAGAAAGUUCGUGCCGAGAUGCAGAAUUGGAAGAUUCUUUUGCCAAAAUUCGGUGUUCUACUUGAAGAUGCUGAAGAGAAGCAAGGAAGAGCCCGCUUUGUGAAGUUAUGGCUUGCUGAUCUCGAGGAUUUGUUUUAUGAUAUGGAGGACAUACUUGAAGAGGUCGAGAUUGAUGCCAAGAGGUUUGAGCGGUCUGCAGAAGUCCAAGCCAGCACCAGUAAGCGACGGAAACUGACAUGUCCCACAGAGAUGGUAUCUAGGGUGGAGGAAAUAACUGCUAGAUUGCGACGUUUUGAAGCAAACAUAAGUUCAUUGCACCUGGUCAGUUCGGCUAUAAGAACUGGAGAUAGGUUCCACAGAGUUACUGCAGAAAGAUUACCCACUACUCCUUUGCUUGAGCAACAUGUCUAUGGUCGAGAAAAUGAUAAAGAGGCUAUUCUCCAGAUUUUGCUCAGUGAUGAAGGCAACCAUGAGCCAUACUCUGUUAUUCCCAUUGUUGGAAUGGGAGGAAUUGGAAAAACCACUCUUGCUCGGCUCAUUUACAAUGACGACAAAUUGAGGGGUAGGUUUGGAUUGAAGGCAUGGGUUUGUGUUUCUGAGGAUUUUGAUGUUUAUCGGAUCACAAGAGCCAUCUUAGAGCAUGUAACCAGAGAAAAUUGCGAUUUAAAAGAGCUGACUCUACUCCAAGAGAGUUUGCAAGAUAAGCUCUCAGGUCAAAAGUUUUUACUUGUGCUAGAUGAUAUUUGGAAUGAAAACUAUAUACUAUGGGAGAACUUACAAAGACCUUUCCUGAGAGGAGCACCUGGAAGUAAAAUAAUCAUCACAACUCGAAUCGAGAAUAUUGGGAAGAUGAUAAGAGGAAAUGACAGAGUUCAUCAUUUGUCGUUGCUAGAGGAUGGUGCUUGUUUGUCACUAUUUGCUCGACAUGCAUUGGGAGCAGAAAACUUUGAUGGAUAUCCAGAUCUUAAAAGAGUAGGGGAGAAAAUUGUUGAAAAAUGCAAAAGAUUGCCAUUGGCUAUACAAUCCCUUAGUGGCCUCUUGCGUGGUAAGGCAGAUCUUGCUGAGUGGGAAAACAUAUUGAACAGUGAGAUAUGGGAUCUACCAGAUGGUAAUGGUAGCAUUCUUCCUGCUCUGAAAUUGAGCUAUAAUCACCUUCCUUCCCAUUUGAAGAGAUGCUUUGCCUAUUGUUCUAUGUUUCCUAAAGAUUAUGAAUUUGAUGAAGGUGAGUUGGUUUUAUUAUGGAUGGCAGAAGGAUUCUUGCAACAACAACCACAGACAAUAAAGAAAAUGAAAGACCUUGGUCAUCAGUCCUUUCGUGAGCUAUUGUCGAGGGCUUUUUUUCAACGGUCCAAUAGGAAUGAGUCAUUGUUUGUGAUGCAUGACUUGAUGGUUGAUUUAGCCUUGCAGGUUGCUGGAGAUAUAUGCUACACCCUUGAAUCAGAUGGAGAUAUAUCAGAUAUGAGGUUUCAAAGAGUCCGUCAUUUGUCAUUAUUUCCUUCUCACUAUGAAGUGUCAAAAAGAUUUGAAUUCUUGAAGGAAAAGAAGAAUUUACGUACAGUCUGGCGGCUGAGGGAUUUUCGCGACUCGUAUUACUUAUCAAACACACUCUUGCAAGAUUUGAUGAAAGAUCUAAAAUGUUUAAGGGUGUUGUCUCUUCAGAAUUGUAAGAUAACGAAGCUCUCUGAUCAGAUUGGAGACUUGAAGCAUCUUCGAUUCAUUAAUUUGUCUAAUACAGAGAUUGAAAGUCUUCCUGAGUCAGUGAGUUAUCUUCUUUACUUACAAACAUUGUUGUUAAGGGAUUGCUACAGGCUUUCCAAUUUGCCUACUAGUAUUGGAAAUCUACUUGAUCUCCAACAUCUUGAUUUAGUUGAGACAAAGUCUUUAAAAGAGUUUCCAUCAGAAAUCAACAAACUGACAAGACUUGUAACAUUGUCAAAAUUUAUUGUUGGAGAUGCUCGAGGACCAAGAGUGAAAGAUUUGAAGAACUUGUCAGGUCUUCAAGGCCAGCUUUCCAUUUUGGAUUUACAAAAUGUCGUGGCUGCAAAUGAAGCAAAGGAGGUGAAUUUGUUUCAGAUUGAGGGAUUAGAUGAUUUAUCCUUAGAAUGGUCUUCUAAUUUCCUUAACAACCGAAAUGAAAGAUCUGAAUUGCAAGUUCUCAGCUGGUUAGAGCCUUAUCAUGGUUUGAAAAGAUUGACAAUCAAUUGUUUUGGUGGGUUGGAAUUCCCACCUUGGAUAGGCAAUCCAUCAUUUUCCAACUUGGAGUUCUUGAAGCUCAACAAUUGUCAAAAAAGCACUUCAUUACCAUCACUCCAGCGAUUACCACGACUCAAAGAAUUGAUCAUUAAAGGCAUACAUGCAAUAGAAACUAUGAUGCUUGACAAGGACAAUUCUUCUUCAGCUUCGGCUUUUCCAUCAUUGGAGAGUUUGAAAUUGCAAGAUUGCCCCAUACUGAAAGGAAAAUUUCCAAAAUGCAUUCCUGUCCUUAAAAAGCUAGAGAUUGCCGAAUGCCCAGAGUUAAUAUAUUCACCAAUAAGUCUUCCAUCACUUGAAGAGUUGUGUGUUGAAGGAUGUAGUGAGGCCAUCUUGAGGAGUAUAGUUGACCUCAACUCACUCAAAACAUUGAGAAUCAGCAGAAUUUGUAAGUUGAUUUGGUUGCCCAAGAGUUUUGUAGAGUCCUUGAUAGCACUCAAGAAUAUGAUGAUUACAAGUUGCGAUGAACUCACUUGUUUGUGGGAGGAAGGAGCCAAUAUGGUAAACCUCCCAUGCCUUAAGAGAAUGGAGAUCGGCUGGUGCCCUCUGCUUGCAUCCCUAACAAGGAAAGAACAAGGUUUUCUCCCCAAUAGUGUUCAAACUUUGGACAUACAUGAUUGUGGGGCACUGGAGUCCUUGCCUAGUGAGAUGAUGAUGGAGCGACUUAAAGAAUUAUAUAUAAGUGGAUGUCCUGCUCUUAGAAUGUUUCUAAGAGGCAAGUUACCCAUCAUGCUUAAAAUCCUCAGAAUUAAAGAAUGUGAAAAGUUAGAAUCUUUACCAGAAGGAAUAUUGAUGAAUAAUGGUGAUGCAUGUCAAGUGUCCCAUCUUGAAGAGUUAAGCAUUGAGAGGUGUCCUUGUCUGAAAUUUUUUCCAACUGGCCACCUACCCAAUUCUUUUAAACGCCUUUAUGUCCGUGAUUGCAAGCAAUUGGAAUUUAUCCCUCAGAGAAUGCUGCAGUAUUAUAGGGAACUUGAAGAGAUUCAACUUUAUGGUAAUUGUCCCGAAUAUAGGGUGCCAGACUAUGGGAGACGUUAUACCCACAAUUGUUCAGGGAUAGAUAAGUUAGAUGGUUUAGAUGGUUUGGAGUCACUUUGCCCGUUUAUCCCCAAUCUUAAAAGGUUAACCAUAAGGAGUUUCAAGAAUCUCAAGUGCUUACCUAAUAAGCUGCAGCACCUCAACUCUCUCGAUGAUUUAUGUAUAAGCAAUUGUCCAGGAAUUGAGUCCAUACCAGACGGUGGUUUGCCUUCGAACCUAUUAGCUCUUGAAAUUUUUAAUUGCCCAGGGAUUGAGUCCAUUCCAGACUUUGGUUUUCCUCCAAACCUUAGAGAUCUUCGUAUAUUUGAUUGCGAAAAUCUCAAGUCCUUACCUGAUAAGCUGCUGGACCUCAACUCUCUUGAUGAAUUACGUAUAGUCAAUUGUCCAAGAAUUGAGUCCAUAUCAGAUAGUGGUUUGCCUCCGAACCUAACUUCUCUUGGAAUUUUCAAUUGCCCAAGAAUUAAGUCCAUUUCAGAAUCUGGUUUGCCUCCAAACCUAACAUCUCUUCAAAUUCACAAUUGCCCAGGAAUUGAGUCCAUUUCAGACUCUGGUUUUCCUCCGAACCUAGAAUUUCUUCAAAUUCACCAUUGCCCAGGGAUUGAGUCCAUUCCAUACUGUGGUUCUGCCCCAAACCUUGGAAAACUGAUAAUUGGUUGCGAGAAUCUGAAGAAGCCGAUGCAAGAAUGGGGCCUCAGCAGCAUCACUUCACUUCUAACUUUUCAGAUUCGUUGGAUAUGUCCUCCAGAUAAUGUGCUUCCCACUUCUCUAACCAGUCUUGAGGUGUGUAAUGUUGAAAAUAUGAAAUCCAUAUCUAGAGGGCUCCUCCAAAACCUCAACUCUCUUCAACGUUUAACAAUUAUGGAAUGGCCAAAGCUGCAGACACUGCCAAAGGAAGCCCUGCCUGCCUCCCUUCAAGUGUUAACUUUUUGGAACUGCAACAACUUCCAGUCCUUGCCAAAUAAAGUCUUGCCUCCCUCGCUUCAACGUUUAUCCAUUAGGUUUUGCGCCAACUUCCAGUCCUUGCCGAAGGAAGGCCUGCCUCCCUCGCUUAAACGACUCGAAAUUACAUACUGCCCGCUGCUGCAACGACGAUGCAUGGAGGAGAAAGGACAAGAUUGGCCCCUCAUUGCUCACAUCCCCAACGUUGAUGUUUUGCCUAGAGAACAAGAAGGAAAUCUGCAAUAUUUCUGAAGUUUAACAUUAAUGUCAAUGGAAAAGAAGAAGUUGGUUUUCUGGAGAUUAGAAAGUUGUCAUCCAUGCAUUUUGGGAAGACUCAUUGACUGCUCAACAUAUAAAUUGCUGCUGAAAUGGUGGGAAUGGCAAUAGCCCUUGAAAUGGCUUCUUCACUGUGCUUGGCCUACCGCUGCUAACCUUGCAUAGUCCUUAAAGCUACAAAACAAGCUCCUUCACUAAUAACAUUCCACAGUUUUACUCCUCUUCAUCAUCAUAGCCAAGUAGCCAACAAUGAUAUAUGCUUCUGCUUAUGCUUUUGCCACCAUUGAUGCUAAUAAGAAGCUUAGGAGCACUGAUCUGGUGGCUCUUGAGUAUGCUGAUCUUAACCUUAAAAAUUUUCUGGGUACGUUCUUACAAAUCAUAUAGUUCCUUCUUAUUACUGUGACAGUUUCUUAUCCCAUGCAAUUUGGCAUGGUAUUUGUUUUGUUUAUACCUUCAUAUGAAUGAAAAGAAGGCAGACGAAUUUUUUCUCUUUUUUUCCAUACUGAAGUUAUGGUUUUUGUUUUAAUAUAACACAAGGAAUUAGGUCAUGUAAGAAUCAGGCCACAUCUUCAAUCUUUUGCUCUAACUUUUAAUUCCUCAUAUGAUCAUUUCUUUGAUUGAAUAAAAAUGUUUUAAUUAUGGUUUUGCUGUUGCUGUUAUCACAAUUAGAAUAAGAUAUGAUAUUGUCA